CGUCUCCUCUCUACACCCACCGACAAACCCCCACAACACCGUCGCAAUGGCUCGCCGUCCAGCUCGUUGCUACCGCUACUGCAAGAACAAGCCGUACCCCAAGUCGCGCUUCAACCGUGGUGUCCCAGACCCGAAGAUCAGAAUCUUCGAUCUCGGCCGCAAGCGUGCAAAUGUCGACGAUUUCCCCAUGUGCGUGCACUUGGUGUCCAACGAGUACGAGCAGUUGAGCUCCGAAGCCCUCGAGGCCGCUCGUAUCUGCGCCAACAAGUACAUGGUCAAGACUGCCGGAAAGGAAGGUUUCCACCUUCGUGUGCGUGCCCACCCAUACCACGUCGUCCGCAUCAACAAGAUGUUGUCGUGCGCUGGAGCCGAUAGACUCCAAACCGGAAUGCGUGGUGCCUUCGGCAAGCCAAACGGCACUGUCGCUCGUGUCAACAUUGGCCAGAUUCUCCUCUCCAUCCGCACUCGUGACUCUCACCGCCCCACCGCCAUCGAGGCUCUUCGCCGAUCGCAGUACAAGUUCCCAGGUCGCCAAAAGAUCAUCGUCUCCAAGAAGUGGGGCUUCACUCCCCUUGACCGCGCAGAAUAUGUCGAGAAGCGCAAGGCUGGUGAGAUCCGCGUCGAUGGUGCCUACGUCCAGUUCCUCAGCACCAACGGUCCACUCGCCUACAACAUGCGCCGAUUCCCCGAGGCUUUCUCGCAAGAGGCCUAGAUUUGGAGAUCGCGUAGUGUUUCUUUGGAGUUCGAUGAGGCAUAGAUGAUGAAAAAGGAUGGAUGAAGAGCUGCCCCGGGGGGCACUACUUCAGAGGGCAUUUCCCGUGACGAAGGCGUAGAAGCUGGGCAUAGGGGGUGCUUUUUUUUAUGAACAGUCUACAUCAUGCUGAAUGGAAUUGAGUUGAGAAAGGUCAGAAAGUGCAGGAAUACCGUGCAUAUCGACACCACUUCGUUGCGAAGGUCGUGAAACACUUGGUGCAAACGUGAAUUGUUCUUGCUAACACCGACAUGCUCCAUGGAUUAACAUUGUCUCAGCUGAGCGCAGACCGUCCGCAGACAGGGUUCCGUCUCACGAUGUCGAAGACGGGUUCAGUCACAGGUGCGACUUGGCUGGACUCGCUGGAGGCCGUCCCAAUUCCCCAUUCUCACCACAUAGAUUUAGAUAUCAGCUAUGCACUGCACCUCGAUCUCAAACAGCGUCUCUUUACUCCACAGACUGUCGACUCCGAGCAACGAAUCGGGCGGCGGUAGCCUGUCGCCUUCUGUGCUCCUCCACCACUGCAAGAAGAUAUCAUCCUUGGCCUUGACAUUCUCCUCCGAUAAGCCGGUGAGUUUCACCACAUAUGGCCUGAUCAUCACGAUAUCCUUCUUACUCGCCCCAACAGCGGCGAGGUUCUUAUCAACUUUCUCCAAAGCUAAUCGAACCUGGUCGGCAAAGGACAGCUUCUCGUUGUCUGCCUUGCCAUGACUGGUUCCAGUCUGACCCGCAAAGGAGAUCAGUCGUUUGGUUUCCGAGAUGGGUACGACACUGAUCUGGGAAUAGGUCGCUGCCAGCGAUGGGUUGUCUUUGGGGUUGAAAAUGUGUACGCCCGAGUCGGAGGUCGACAUGAUGAGCAAGGCAGGCAAGAUGAUGAUAGCGGUACUUAGGGGGCACUCGAAUU